AUGGUGGGGCUCGAUCUGGUGGAGGUGAAUCCGCGAGCCGACCCACCCGUGUGCAAGCUGAUGGACUUCAGCCGCUUCCGCUUCGAGCAGCGCCGCAAGGACAAGGAGAUGCGCCGCAAGAAGGUGGAGAAGCGGAGGCGGGACGAGGUGAAGGAAGUGCGCGUGAGCUCUCGAACGGAAGCAAGGGACGUGGCCAUGAAGGCUGACGCAGUGCUCAAGCACCUGCACCGGGGGCACCGGGUCAAGAUGUCAGUGAUGUUCAAGUCUGCGGACCAUGACCAGGCCGUGGGGCAGGCACUGCUGGACUCCAUGCUCUCACGGCUAGGCGAAGCCGCCAUAGUGGAGGUGAAGCCCAAGGAUGAGAGCCACCGCAUGUGGUGCAUUGUCAGACCCAACCCCGCGCUGCUGUCUGCUGGUCCUGGCGGCAAGAGCAAGACAGCACGCGCUGAGAGAGAGGCUGAGGAGGAGGAGGAGGAUGAAGAGGAGGAUGAGGAUGAGGAUGAGGGUGAUGAUGGCGAAAAGGCCGGCACGAUGCAGUCUCUUUCUAUGAACGAUGCGGCCAUCACGGCGAAAGAAGACGCCGCGAAGGAGCUCGCGAAGCUGCUGCCGCUCCCGGAAAACCUGGUCAACCUCGCCGCGCUGCGCGUCGACUACGCGCAACGGCAGCAGGCCAACGACGCUCAGCUCAGCAGCAGUGUGACAGCACAGGUGGAGCAAGCGCGCAGUGGAAUAGAGGCGCUGGCAGCAGCGCAGGAGACCAUUGCACGUCUGCAGCAGAAUUUCGUCAUCAUCGAAAAUCUGUGUGCAGAGUGCGACAACCUGAUUCAGAACCACGAUCAGAUCAAGCAGCUCAACAUCGUGCGCAACAACCUCAACAAGACCCUCAAGGAUGCGGAGGGCAUGCUGUCGAUAUCCACAGAGGCCAGCGAGGCAAGGGCGUCACUCAAUGAUGAGCGCGAGCUCGUCAAGUCGUAUGAGCGCCUCACUGCUCUGGAAGGCAAGCGCCGUUUCGCCCUGGCUGCAGCACAGAGACGACCGGAAGAGGCUGGCAGACUGAGGGAGUACUUUGAGGAUGUGAACCGCACGAAGCAGCGGUUUGAGGAGACGCUGUGGCGGUACAUCCGCGAGUUCUUCAAGCACGCCAAGACCCGCCCCCAGACACUCGUGCAGGCUGUUCGGGUGGUGGAGAUGCAGGAGAUUCUGGACGAGGAGAGUGAGCGGGAGCACAAGGACCGGGAGGGCGAGGAGGACGACGAGGACGCCGAGUACGGGCGGAGGGACGAGCGCAACGGGCACAUAGAGGGCGCGGGGUACAAGGACAUGUGCUACCAGCAGAUCCAGCUGGGGGUGGACGACCGCUUCCAUGAACUCCUUAACAAGCUUGUGUAUGAAGAUCUCAAGAAGGCACUGGAGGAAGCCACGCUGCUUGUGGACGACCUAGCAGAUGUGCACAAAUACGUGGCUCCCUGCUUCCCGCCGCGGUACGAGGUGUUUCAGGUGAUAGUGCAGCUGUACACGCAGCACUUUGUCACCAUGCUGCACAAGCUGGGAGACCGCGCCAAGGACAUUGACAACAUCGACAUCCUCAAGCUGGUGGGGUGGAUCAACACGUGUGAGGCGAAGAUGGGGCAGCUGGGCGUGGAGGACAGUGUGUCGAUGCUGCUGUCGGAGAGUGGCGCCCUGGACCCGCUCAUUGACGAGUACGCUGAGCGCAUGUCCGAAACCAUGAAGGGCUGGCUCAAAAACAUCCUCGAGUUCGACAAGAGCAACCCGCCUAACGGUGAGGAGGGUCCGCUGUACACGCCAGUGGCGGUGGACAUGUUCCGACUGCUGUCAGAGCAGGUGCAGCAGGUGCAGGAGAACAGCAACUCGCUCAUGCUCUUCAAGACCGCACAGGCCAUCGUGGAGCUGAUCCUGGACUUCCAGGAGGAGGAGAUCAAGUGGCUCAAACAGCCUGUUGACACCAUCGGUCUCGAAACUCUCUGUGCCAUGGUGAACAACAACGUGCGGUGCCAUGACCUGUCGGUGGAGCUGGGUAACACCAUCGUGGAGGCUCUGGAACAGAAGCAUGCUGAGCUGAUUGACUUUCAGAAGCCGUGCUCUGGAUUCCUUGAGGUCGCAAAGGAAGCGGCCAAUCAGGCGGUGGAGUUCAUGUUCCUCGAGUCCCUCAACGAUGUCGUCGCCAAGCUCUACCAAAAAGAGUGGCUGGAGGGCAACAUGACGCACACCUUUAUCGCCACGCUGGAGGACUACUUCCAGGACAUCAACAGGUGGAUAGAGGACCGUUCGUUCCGCCGCUUUGCAGAGGUGUGCUUGGAGCGCACUGUGGUGGUCUAUGUGGACCUGCUCAUGCAGUCGCGCCAGAGCAUAACAGAGGCAACCAUCAAUCAGAUGAGCAAGGACGAGGACAGCAUUAGGGAGUACUUCCAGGAGUACAUCUCGCAGCAGAAACUGGACAAGCGUGUGCAGCCACUGGCGGAUCUGAGGGCCCUGGCAGCAUCAGAUGACGCGGAGACCUUCACGCUCAACUACACGCAGCUGCUCUCCAACACGCCCGACUGCCCCCCUGAGGUGGUGGAGAAGGUGGUGAAUCUGCGUGAAGGCAUUCCCAAGAAGGCAGCCAAGGAGGUGGUGCAAGAGUGCAGGGAGAUGUGGGAGCAGCACAUCGAGUCCAAUGGCACACCCGCUCCUGGAUUGCUCUACAGCCGACUCACCAACCUGCCUAAGAAGUAG